AAUGUGUGUCAGUCCCAGUCGGCUUUUGGUGGGAAGUCGCAUCUGGACCUUUCCAAAAUUACUCGUUUUUUUUGGCGUUUCAAGGACCACCCAACCCUAUCUCGACCGCCAGCCAUGUCUGUGGCCAACGGCGGCAGAGAUGGAUCCCGGGCAAGGACUUGGAGCAGCCGCAGUUCCUCCUCGGUGGCAGAGACCAUGCAGAUCGGUGAUGGACCGCAAGUACGGCGCCAGCGUCCGAGUCGCCCGAAUCCACCCUACCGGGUCAGUAACCGACUAAUAGCGGCCGUGGAGCAGCGUCUCCGGACCAGUUCACUCCGCCGUGCCGCCCUGUUGCGCAAGCUGAGGCUCCAGCGGAGCCUGGAAUUCUACAGCGGGCUGAGAAGCAGUCAGACAGGUCCUGCGGCUGUGUUCGGUUACCAUCAUGCCAUCGCCGUUGACCAGCCGGUCUUUGGCAACUGGUAUGGCAUGGGAUUGCUGCCCAGUCAUGAUGCCGAUGAGGAGGAUCCUGGUAGCCACCACUGGGAGGCAGCUCAGCUGCAUUUCCAGCAGUAUCUGGGACAGAGGCCACCCAUCCACCAGCCAAACAGGUCCUUCUUGCUCAGUCUGGAUCGAAGUCACCUAAAGCUGGUCGCCGACCUGCUUUACGAAUGGGGUCUUAAGGAGGUCCUGCGACUGGGCCUUAACGAGGUAUUCUGUUUGUUCCACCCUUAACCCUUUGCGGAUCGAAAAAUAAAAUUAUAAGUCGUUUCCAUGGA